UCAUCACAUGCUCUCUCGCUCCUCUCUUCUCAUCUUUUUCUUGUACUGUUGUUAUUGCUGCGGCUGCUAGUCUGAGGGAGUUCUUUCUAUCCGCUUGUCAUCUCUCCAUCUCCUCUCAUCUGCUGUUGUUCCUGUGUGACAUGAGCUCUUGUGGCGAGAUGGGGGAGGCGAUUGAACUCAGUACCAGGGAGCACGUGACCCCGGAGAUGAACAAGCUUCGUCAAAGCCUGAGGAGGAAGAAGCCCACCUACGUGCCAGAGGCCAGCAGACCGCAUCAGUGGCAGGCUGACGAGGAGGCUGUGCGCAAGGGCAAAUGUAACUUCGCUGUUCGGUACCUGGGAUUGGUAGAGGUGGAGGAGUCGAGAGGGAUGCAUGUUUGCGAGGAGGCAGUGAAGAAGCUAAAAGUUAGUGGGAAAAAGACAGUAAAGGCAGUAUUGUGGGUUUCAGCUGAUGGACUCAGGGUGGUGGAUGACAAAACUAAGGACCUCAUUGUGGACCAGACCAUAGAGAAGGUUUCAUUCUGCGCUCCCGAUCGUAACUAUGACAAGGCCUUCUCCUACAUCUGCCGAGACGGGACCACCAGACGGUGGAUGUGCCACUGCUUCAUGGCUCUCAAAGACUCGGGGGAGAGACUGAGCCAUGCAGUUGGCUGUGCCUUUGCCGCCUGUCUGGAGAGGAAGCAGCGCAGGGAGAAGGAGUGUGGCGUGACGGCGUCCUUCGAUGCCAGUCGCACCUCAUUCGUUCGUGAGGGCUCCUUCCGCGCAAACUCCUCUUGCAGCCAACCGGGCAGCAGCAGCGAGCGGGAUGACAAACUGCAGGACAAGAAGAAAGACCAGCCCUCUGCCAUUCCAGCUCUCCCACCUGGCACUGCCUCCCCACCCGAGGGUGCGGCGUCCCCCAUGGACCGCCCAGAACCGGGCGGGCCUCAUGCCAUCCCUCGCCGCCACGCGCCCAUCGAGCAGCUGGUGCGGCAGGGCUCAUUCCGGGGAUUCCCAGCACUCAGCCAGAAGAACUCUCCCUUCAAGAGGCAGCUGUCGCUUCGCCUCAACGACCUGCCAUCCACACUGCAACGCAAGACCGACUUCCAGGCCAAGAACCCUGUACCAGAGAUGGAUAUGGGGUUGCCAGGUGAGGGAGACAGUAGUAUUAAUGCCCUGUGUAGCCAGAUCAACACCUCCUUCACUAAGCCAUCAGAGGAGCUCUUCUCCAACCCCUCUAUGUCUGCAAAUUGCCCUCCAACCUGCACUGUGCCCCCUGUCCUGCCCCCGCCACCUGCACCGUUGCAGGCCACUUCUUCCUGGGUGCAGCCAGAGCCUCCACUCCACUCUCCUCCUCCAGUUUCUGUGGCGAUGCAGAGCGGACACAAACGAACACCCUCUGAGGCUGAACGAUGGCUAGAAGAGGUCUCCAAGGCUGUCAAGGCUCAACAGACCCCUCCCCCAGGUCCCACCAUCCCCACCAUCCCUGGACCCCCCACAAUGUCAAGUCAUCAGAUGUCCAGUCAGGCAGCCAUAUCAGUUGCCUCAGUGUCCACUGUCUCCAUGUCCCUUGGCACCAUGUCUAAACCCCUCAUCUCGGGCCCCUCUGCCCUCUCAGGUCAGGCCCCAAUGCCCCUUCCACCCAUGUCAAUAUCAUCGGUUCCUCUAAUACCAGGCCCUCCAGUGUCAGGGCCCCCUAUGUCUCUUCCUUCCAUGUCCAUCCCCACGAUGUCCGGUCCAAGCAUGUCUGGGGCCCCCAUGAUCCAGCCCUGUCUUCCUGGGCCCCCAGGCUCCCUUCCAAGCUCAAUGCAGCCCUUCCCCUUGGCUUUUGAUGCUACCCCAGCCCCUGUGGGAAUGUUUGCCAGCCAGCCUGUCCAACCCGCAUUCGUGCCCAUGCAGACCUAUAUGCCAGGUCUGGCCAGCAGUAUGACCUACCCCAACGCCAGUGUGCCUGUAGUGGGCAUCACGCCGUCACAAAUGGUGGCCAACGUCUUCUGCACCGCCACAGGCUCGUCAGGUGCAGGCGGAGCUGCUGGAGGAGGACUCAAAGUGGGGGCACUCGGAACAGCUGGCCAACACCAUUCUUACCCAGGAGCAGCUGGUGCAGUUGGGCCCACUGGAGGGUUUUCUACACCACCAUUCUCUUCCACUCCGCCAUUAUCAACAGCUAUUAAUGGCCUCCCGCCACACAGCAGUGCCAUGAUGGCCCUCCAGAAUGGGACCUCCAACAGUGGCGGGAAUGGUGGCAGCCUUAGCAGCUGGCCACCAGAGGGCAGCCAGCUAACAGCUCCGGUGGCCAGUGAUUCUCAUGAUGAUGAUCGUUUUGAGGCAAAGUGGGCAGCACUGGAGACCAAACCAGCGCCUCAGCAACCAGGGAAUAAGGCCCCUGCUGCAGCAGCCAACCCAUUUUCCAACAAUCUGCAAAAGACUUUUGAAAUUGAGCUUUAAGGCAGACUCUGCCUCCCAAAGCUAUAGCGCUAGUGCUGGAGUUAAAGCCUGAGAAAGCCAGGCACUAAUUUCAGCAUCUCUGCUUAGAGUGGUAUGCAGUUCCUUACGGUUAGCCUAGCAUCCGACCUGUGGCAGCCUGGCAAAUUCUUAAAAGCUCUCAUAGGAGUCAGUAUAUAAUGAUCUUAAUUGCUUUCUUUAUACUCCCAUGAGAGCUUUGGAAGGAGGUUGGCAAAUUGCUUCGCUGCCAUUGGAGGAUCAGGUCUCUGGUUCACUGGACUUGAUGGACUGAAUCCUCCACUCCACCCUCGACCGGCCGCUCCUCCCUGCUUUCACUUCUCCACUCUGGCUUUACUUUACCUGCUGCAAGUCCCUGGAUGUACUGUACGUGCCCCUUUGGAACAUUGUCGGGGGACACAGUUCAGUGGUUUCUUUCUUUAAAAGGGGACUCCACUCAGAUGCAUUCCAAUCCCAUGUGAUGUUUUUGGCGGUUUUGUUUCUGGUGGAGAUUUUGGUGGAUAAUUAGUGGAUAUGGCUACACCACAAGAUAUGCAGAGAUGCAGAGAGCUGAUUUGUUGUCUGAUGAUCAAACUGAUGCUGAUCUUAGCCAAGCACAGCAGAAGUUUGGAUACCUGAAAGGACUAGCCAAUGAUGUAACAGCUGAUCCUACCAACCCAAAAUGACUUACUGACCAAUAGUGGAGAAUUAUGGCCAAAUCAUUUUAUUUAUUGUAUUUCGUUUUUUUAUUUUAACAAGUUAUAUACACUUAAAAAUCAAAUUUUUAAAGCAGUGUUUCAGGAGCGUGUUUUUUUCUAUCCCCCAUAUUUAUUUUUGUUGAACCAUAAAGAGGAGGGAAACUACAGGUAGCAGACAGGUAACAGAUAUUAUUGGGCAGCAAUAGAGGGAAAGCAUUUUGGGAAACUGAGUCAUAUAACAAGAACCAAAUAGCAAGGGCUGACGGUACAGCAGUGUGUAGUGCGACAUGUGAACCAGUAAGUGUAUAUAGCAGCAUGUUUCUUCCACUCGUUAGCCCUCACGUAUAUAUGCUCCACUGCUGCUGAGCCCAGUUAAGUCAGUAUGGCUUCACUUUGGCUCUCUAGCCCAUUUCUGUUGCUAAAGCCCUCCUUCAAGGGCACUGGGACAUAAAAAAACACUUCAGGAUUUCCAGCACACAGACACUCUGGACAAUACAGCGAAACAGUCCUUUGGACUUCAUCAUCUUCAGACAAACCCAAGGAACUUUAACAACUCAGUGGAAAUAAAAAAAAUUUAAAAAAACAAACACUCUACAACACUGUGCAACUUGUUGAAAAAAUGAUGCACUACAUUCCAACAUUCAUAAAUCCUUUAAUGUGUUCAAACACAAGCUAUGGUCUCAUCACAUACAGUACGAUUGUGUAUUCACCUCUACUGUACUACUGUAUCAGUUGCAGUAGUACAGCACUCAUAAUGGAUGUUGGAAUUGAUGAUUAAAAAAGGAAAAGAGAAGAGGACAUGUGCAGACAUAGACUGAGGCAUGGCAAAGAGCAGUGAAGGAUCUAUGAUGCAUAUUUACGUGAGAUAACCGAGAUUUGAUUGAUAGAUUAACAGAAAGAGAAAAUAUAGAACAGUAGAAGAAUAGAUUGCUAGAGGAAAGAAGGAAGGAUAACCUGUACGUGAGAGACUGGAGAGAAUGGAGCGAAUACCCUUAAAAAAUGAGAUGGAGGAAGUCUGAAGGAAGGAAAAUGAGAUAAUACGAGAUAAAAAGUGAGAGACAGAUUGUGUGAAAAUAUUUAGAACAGAGACACAUUCAUCACGCAGCCCACAAACAGAGUACUGUUUGUUUUCUUUUUUGCCUCAAGGCCAGCCAGUUCCAUUUCAGAUUCAUGUUCCUCAACUCUUCAAACCUCACAAACAACACUUUUGAUUAUAUUUUUAAAAAAUGUUGCUUUUGAUAUAACUGCAGUCUCAUAAAGAUUUUUUUCUGAGUAUGUACAACUCCCUAUAUACUUAAAACUUCAGUAAUGUCAACAAAGCUUUCUGUGUUUUAACUUGCAGUUUCUGGCAGGAGUCAUAAAAGUCCAGAUCUAUUUAAAAAGAUUCAGCAAAUAUAAAGUAGAAAUGUUCUUUAUCGAAUGGUUUUUCCACAGGUUGUUUCUGUAUGUUAUAUAACCUGUAAUCUGGCCAGAGAUCCUGUUAUGUUUCUUGGGAAUUGAAUUGUGUCGAUAUGGACUGCCACUGAUUAGGUUUCCUGCUCAUUAAUGCCCCACAGUUUAAUUAGCUUAUUGGGUCUCUUCCUGUGGCAGCGAUCCCCUCUAAUAGGCUGCUUUCUCAGAAAACCUAAAUUUCUGUUCCACCGGCCUAAUUUAUACCAUCUCAGGUCCUCCCAGGGUUUUGUCUUGUUGUUUUCAGACGAAUCAAUAUUGCUUCCCCUCCAAACAAAUCCAAACUGCUCUCUCUAUAAGACGAGACUGAUUCACUCAUGAAAUCAAUGCUUAUAUUUCCCUGAAAAUAUAUUUUAGCCUUGGACUCUUGUUUGCACGCCCUCCAAAUUAUAUAUGUAGGUUAAUUGUGUUCCGCGUUCAAGCAAACUAAAUGACCUCAUAAACUUGAUUGUAAAACCAUAGUUUAGCGAUGGUAACAAAGCAAACCAGUUUAUUUUUAAUCUUUAUUUACAGAAUUUUUGUAUUUAAACCUACAUAUUUGUAU